CAACAUGGAAGCAAUAUUGAUCAUUUUUCUUAUGGUCGUAUCAUUUGUUGUUAUUUCAAGUGCAUUUUCCUGUGGACCAGGUGGAAUAUGCUUUUGUGAGGCUUAUAGUCAGAUGGAUUGUUCCAAAACAAAGUUACCAAUAUUGAAAGUAUGUGGAUUUAUAAGAAACUCAUCUAUUUACAAUGUUUCAGUCCUGCGUUUGGAGCUGAACGACUAUCAAAUCAUUAAAGAGUUUGACUUGGAAGGAUGUGAUGAACUGAAUGAGUUGUAUCUGGGACAAAAUGAAAUAAGUCAUAUAGAAAACGGUUCGUUUGCCAGAUUUAAUCGUCUUGAGCUACUUGAUAUUAACGACAACACUUUGGCUAUAUAUGAUGGAACAGUUGAACAAGGUUUUAAAUUUCCGCUAACAACAAAGACUCUUAAACUGAAUGGAAAUUCGAAAGCAGAUACAAGUGGACAAGCAUCAUAUCCGGAUUUAUCUUAUUUAAGUAACCUUGAAGUUUUGUACAUGGAUGGACUGAAUGACAAAAUGUUUUCAGAGUACUAUCGCAUGUUAAAGACAUUACAAAAAUUAGUUCUGUCUGGAUUGAACGGAAAUUGUAACAUCACUGUUAUAACAAACUCUACAUUGCAAAACCUUCCGCAUGUGAAAAUAUUGAAUAUGUCUUCUUGUAACAUAGAAAACAUAUACGCCGGGGCUUUUAAAGGCGUUCCAAAUUUAGAAGUAUUAGAUUUAUCUAAGAAUUUACGCCUUGGAUUUCGAAUGUUGAGAAAUAUUUCAUAUAGCUUACAGUUUACUAGAAUCAAAUCGUUAAACUACUCUAAAGUUUAUAAUACGUUUGGUAUUGGAACACAAUUUAAACAGCGUGAUGUUUGUUACCUUUGGAAUACAACAUUGAAUGAACUUGUUUUGAACAGUAACCGAAUUCAGUUAGCUGAAACAAAUUCGUUGAUACUUGUUCCAAAAUCUUUAAAAAUCCUACACGUAGAGGACAAUAUAUUUACGUUUGCACCUUAUCUACUACAAUUGGCGUGUAUGGGUAAUUUGAGGGAAGUGUAUGCUAGCGAUCAAAAUAGCGCUCAUAAUCCUCUUUUGUAUGAAAAGGAACCCAUUGAAAACUACAGCGAAAUUAUGAGAUACGAUUCUGAUUGUCCGUAUAUGCAAACUGAGUUCUUACGAAAUAUUAGCAAAAGCACUGAACACUGUCCUUAUUUUGAAAACAACGAUAUACAUGUGUUCAAAAACUACCCAUAUUUUCCAAAGAGCUUAAAAAUAGUGGAAUUUGCUCGUAGUAAUAUGAAAUAUAAUAUUACAACAUUUCUGGUUUUGCCAGUGUCAAACACGGUUGAACACUUGGAUUUUUCUGACAAUAUCAUUUAUGCAUGGAUAGGGCCGAUAGGACCAUUUCCAAAACUGAAAUAUCUGUAUUUAUCUCGAAAUUAUUGUUCACAUAUUGGAGUUGGGUUUUUUAAUAACUUUAAAGCUGUUGAAAUUCUCCAGCUUCACGAAAAUUUCCUUGGAUUAAUUCUUUCAAAUGAGCACUAUGGUCCCCUGAUAUUUGAAGGGUUAACGAAUGUCAAAGUUUUGAACUUGUCAUCAAAUAUCAUAUCGUACUUACCACCAACAGUAUUUAUGAACAUGUCAAAGCUAGAAACAUUAGAUUUAAGUGUGAACAGCAUCGAAACUUGGACUAUUGAUGUAAAUACAUUAAACAAUUUGGUGCAUAUAAACCUGAAAUUUAAUUCUUUUCGCGCGCUCCCUACAGUACUUACAAACAAACUGGAAUCAAACGCUAAACUGAUGGAUAAAAUGUUCACAAUUGAUCUAAGGAACAAUUCAUUUACCACAAAUUGUGACGAAAAAGUGUUUUUAGAAUGGAUGGUCAAACAUAGAGAUAAUAUGCUUCACUUUCAAGAUUACAUAUUCCGCAACAAAACAGGCGCGAAACUCUCAGCUGAGCAAUUUGUUGAAGCCGUUAAUAAACUUGAUACAGAAUGUCGCUCGUACACAGCUGUAAUUGUUUUUAGUUCAAUCGGCGUCUCAGUAUUUCUUUCAAUUGUUGUUGGAGGUAUCAUCUACAAGAACCGAUGGAAAUUAAGAUAUUUAAUGAGGAUUACUAAAAUCAGACAAUUUGGCUAUAACAGACUUAAUAAUGAUCCGAAUGAAGAUUUUACAUAUGAUACGUUCAUAUCUUAUGCAAAUGAAAAUCUACGUUUUAUUCUGGACAAAAUUAUUCCACAUCUGGAGGAACAAGAAAUGAAGUUGUGUUUACACGAUAGGGACUUUUUACCUGGAAACAAUAUUGCAGACAAUAUAAUUGAAGCAAUAAGAAACAGCAGAAAAACUGUUGUAGUUCUGUCAAAAGAAUUUUUGAAAAGCCAAUGGUGCGUAUAUGAGUUCAAUAUGGCGAGGAUGGAAAGUAUUUAUUCUCGAGGGGGUGAAAAUUGUCUUGUAGUUGUUAUGUUAGAAGAUGUCCCAACCAGAAAUAUGACCACUGAAAUGUUGCAAUGGAUAAAGUCCAAUACGUAUAUAGAAUACACGACAGAAGAAGAAGGGGAACUACUUUUCUGGGAUAAUCUCACGGAAGCGUUAAAGGAAUGAUUUCAUGUCACCCAAUAGUAUAAUAUUAUUAAUCAAGGGGUUUGAUAUUGGUCUUGUACGAGGGUUUUCGUAUUGGCCAACGGUUGUAUUAAGAUACAUAGCUCUUGCUAAACUGACUUUUGUGAUUUUUAAAAUGCCUUGAUUUGCAAUGUGUCGCUUUCGCUUGACUCAUUUUAUACCCUGACAUUGUAUUAUUGUAAAACCACCACGCCUAUUUUCAGGUGUUAUUUUAUGCACGGAAAAUCAACCACAAGGUAGUUCUGAACGUUCGGAUAAAAGUAGAAUUUGAUUAAACCCUAAUUUUUCAAAACUUCUGCAUAUAAUACUUAGACGAUUCGGCAAAUAAAAAAGAAAGGGUCGUGUGAUUGUUUUCUUGCUAGACUGAUUUGAAAAGAACAGACAUAUUGAAAGUUUUUAUUUUGGGAGUGUUUGGGAAAAUCACAAUUUUAUUGAGGAGUUUACAAUGUAGAUUUUACUGAAACUUCUCAGGGUCGUAAAUCAACUUAUGGACUAAAGUAUAUUGAAAUACAAUGUAUAGGUCCGUUUGCUUACUUUUGAGAUAUUUGCACACGAUUAUAGCAUUUUAAGUUUUCAAGUCAUCAUUUAAAAUGAUUUACCCAAUCAACAUCUUUAGCAUCAUAAUAAUUAUAUCUUUAGAAAGGUAGUAACGUUAUCAUUUUGAUAUCUUUACAUUAUGAUCAUCAAAAUAUACACUUUAAUUUGUCGGUCUAUCUUUUAAUGUAAAAUGCAUUAUAAAUGUCUACUUCUAGCUGUAUAAAGUUAUUUUGUUUUCUGGUAAAAAUGUUACAAAUGUUUACAUAAAGGUAAUGAAUUUGUAAUGGUGGUAUGUUUAAGACAUACAUUUAUCUUUUUUAAAGAAUAAAUUAUCUUGAGCUCACGACAACUUAUCUCGAGUGCUUGACAUCUUAUCUCGUGCGCACGACAUCUUAUUUCGAGCGUUCGACAUCUUAUAUGUACGCUCGACAUCUUAUUUGAUUCUUAUAUUAGGGCCCUUUGUGUGUGUUUAGGUCAUCAAUAAGAACAUACGAAGAAGUAGAUAAUUAGAGUCCCGCCUAUUUAGAUGUUAUUUAAACUUCCUACAAGUACAAGUUUAUCAGCAGUGUACAUAAUUGGCCAUAUUUCUUCAAAAUUGAACAAAAUUAAUGAUGCUUACUGCAUGUUAAAAUAGCAACAAAUCGCAGUUCGACUGAUAACAUCAGUUUACACAUUGUUUGAAAAGUUAGAAAAUUGCAUGCAUACUUUAAGGGGAAAUUCUUUAUUAUAUGGGCGAAUCCUGCAUACAUAAACUUUAUUUUCUCAAGGACUUAAUUCAUUCCUGAUUCAUAAUGAAAUUUUGCUUUUUAUCAGUUUGUGUUUUUAUAUUACUAAUCCGUAAAACGGUUUAAAGUAUAAACGAAACAAAAGCAAAAACGGUGACCGUCGUAUGUUUUUACUAAAUGAUCCGAAUAUACACGAUGGGCCUUGAUUUAUAUAUAUAGGAUGUCGUUCGCACGAGAUAAGAUCUCGUGCGCUGGAGAUAAGAUGUUGUGCGCCCGAGAUAAGAUGUCUUGCUAUCGAGAUAAGAUGUCGAAGGCUCGAGUUAAGAUGUCGAGCUCUCGAGAUAAGAUGUCAUGUGCACAAGAUAAGAUGUCAUGCGAUCGAGAUAAGAUGUCGUGCGUACGAGAUAAGAUAUCGAGCGCUCGAGAUAAGAGUCGUGCGCUCGAGAUAAGAUGCCGUGUGCUCGAAAUAAGAUGUCUUGCGCACGAGAUAAGAUGUUGUGUCUUCUAAAUAAGAUGUCAUGCGUACAAGAUGAUUUAAUCUUAAGAAGAAUAAGGGCACGUGUAUGUCCUAAACAUAUCACCGUAAUUUAUCGUGUUAAAAUGGCAUAUAUUCAUUCAAUGUAUAAAUGACAUAUAUUUGCACCAGUAUAGGUCUUAGCUUUCGCACAAAAUAGACAAUUUUUCGUUCUCAACAACAUUUAGUAGGCAUGUCCGACACUUAACUGGACGUUGACAAAAGUAUCGCCUGUCAUAAAUGUCUUAACGUCUGAAGGACAAGGUCAACAAAUCAAAAUAAAUUUCCGUCUGUCUUGAGCCUGAUUCUUUAUAACACGUACAAUGAAGUUAAAAAAUCGAAAAAGAAUUAAAACAUAGUACGGGGCGUUAAUGACAGUGAAAAUAUAACAAGAUCUUUUCAGCAGUUUAUCAACAAAUGUCAUGUUUAUGAAAAGUCUGUAUUAUUAUUUCUUUAUCAGUUAAUCUCUGAGAUUUACAAGAAAUUUAUUUAAACGUAAAUAUCUAUGGCCUAUCCACUUUAACUAGGAUAUUUAGUCUUCAAUAAAUUGUCAUUAAAUCAGAUAUAAAAAUCGUCUGUAUUAUUUGCAUUAUGUAAAACCAUUAGCUUUGUAUUUUCACUAUUUACUUUGGAUUGUAAGUAUGACUGUACCGGUGCUGACGCCUCUUUUUAGCAAUGUGGAGUUCAGUUAGAUAUUUAAACCUUUGGCAUUUUAACUAUAUACUGAGUUCUUAAUGUUCCGUGUUCAUAUUGGCCAGUCUUCUUGCAGUUCAAUGAAAAUGUAAGCUAAACGAUCCAUAGAAAUAUUUAUUUUUUUUAAAAAUGCUUUAAUCCGAUCUUUGUGACUUUUUUCCUAUUUGAAUGUUAUAUGAAUAUGGGUCGAGGAAAACAAUAAAAUAAAUGGUGCAUGAUUUGAAAAAUUUGGUAGAU